AUGGAUCUCUCAGACCCCGCAGUAUUUGCAGCUCUACCCCAUGAUAAUCGUGGCAGUGUCGUAAUUGCAACUGUAUGCUUUGUCCUGCUAAUCGCGUCGCUGGCGACCGGUAUGAGACUAUACACCAGGCUUGCCAUUGUCCGCCAGAUGGGCGCUGAUGAUUAUCUAACUGUGGUCGCUCUGGCAUUUCACAAUGCAUUAAACUUUUACGUAUCCAUCACUUUUUACAAUGCUGGUCUCUUUUUUACCAAGAUGACAUUCUUGGCCCAGUAUUACCGAGUUCUGGCCAUUAAAAAAACACGACUCGUGCUUCGGGUCCUAAUUCUUGUCAUUGGGGGCUGGUCCUUGUCUCAGGUCUUUGUAGGAAUUUUCAUAUGCCAGCCUAUUGCCAAGUUCUGGAAUGAUAGUCUGGACGGCCACUGCAUACCAAAUCUGCCGCAGUGGUACAUCAAUGCAGCCGGGAACAUUGCGACUGAUGUUGCCGUUUUCAUUUUGCCUCUACCUGUCCUGGGCCAUCUCCAUCUACCGAAACAGCAAAAGCUGGUGCUUCUGGGAAUUUUUAGCCUUGGUUUUUUUACUGUCGCUAUCUCCAUCAUCCGCAUCAAAUAUCUUCAAUUAUUUUCGGAUCUCACCUAUGAGAACACCGACUCAUCCUGCUGGUCCAUUACGGAGCUUUGCUCGGGCAUUACAUGUGCGUGUCUGCCGACACUCCGACCGCUGGUCUCAAAGUGGCUGCCUGUAUUUGCCAGCACGCUACGUAGAUCGGCCAAGGACUCCAGGGAGAAGUCGCAGCAGUUGCGCCAGGACUUGGCCCAGAACAGCGGUCCGUCCUCGGACACGAGCCGACGCACAGGCGACUGGUACACAGGGCUGGAUAGCCAAGACGAGCUUCACCGUCCCAAAGACAUGGAGCUCGGUCGUGUUGACAGCGGCGAUCUGUCGGAGAACAUCAUUGGACUUGAAACAUCUAGAAAAGAAUUGAGAUAA